AUGGCAGCAAGCAGCAGCAGCAGCAGCAGCAGCAGCGGCGGCGGCGGCAGCAGGCGCGCCGGCCAACUCGACCCGCAGCAGCAGCAGCAGCAGCAGCAGCAGCAGCAGCAGCAGCAGCAGCAGGUUGAGCCGCAGGCGUUUCUCGAAGCUGCCAAGCAGCAAGUGAAACUGCCCAAUCCGCUGGCGUUGCGCAUGGGAGGCGCAGCAGCAGCAGCAGCAGCAGAGACGUCGCCGAGGCCACGUUCGCCGGCGCAACCCGCAGCAGCAACAGCAGCAGCAGCAGCAACAGCAGCAGCAGCAGCAGCAGCAGCAACAGCAGCAGGGAGUGCUCCUGAAGCAGGAGGCAGCAGACUGAUUGAAGUGUUUCUUUGCUGCGGGGGAAAAGACAUGCUGGCUUUGGACUGGCUGCCUUUUGUGUCUCGCUACCUUUACUUUUGUUUGUCUGCUGCAGUGCAGCAGCAGCAGCAGCAGGAAGUCAGGAGGGGCAGGGCCACCUUCAACGAGGCCGCCGUAUUCGCAGCAGCAGCAGCAGCAGCAGCAGCAGCAGCAGCACCUGCAGCAGCAGCAGCUCACAAGCGUCCCAGAGACGAAAAAGCCAAACAGCGCGCGCAGGCAAUUGCUGCUGUUCUUGCCAGGGCAGCGCAGCAGCACCUUCAAACCCAGCAGCAGCAGCAGCAGCAGCAGCAGCAGCAGCAGGAGCCCGGCAGCAGGACAGAUUGCGCCAUUGAUCCAGAGGUUGCUGCGGAGAGCUUCGCCCCGAGUCCUGCUGCUUCGCCAGCAGCAGAAGCAUCAGCAGCAGCAGCAGCAGCAGCAGCAGCAGCAACUUCGGAGGAGACGGGGCUGCUGGAACUGGAAGUGCCUGUGCUGCUGAAGAUGGACUUGGCUUUUGUGCUGCUGGACUAUCCUGGCUACGGCUACAGCAAGGGGGAUGUUCCUAGCCCAGAGGGAUGUGUGGGGGCUGCGGUGAAGGGCCUUGCUGAGUCUCUCAGACAGCUGCGGGCCAUGAGCGGAGGCAACUGCAAACUGAGGCUAAACGUUCUGGGGUACUCCUUGGGCGGCGCUGUGGCCCUGGAGGCAGCAAAUAUAAUCUGCAGCGAGUUGCUGUGGAUGGACACACAAAUCAAGAGAAGCAAAGCGGCCUCCAGCAGCAGCAGCAGCAGCAGCAGCAGCAGCAGCAGCGCAGCAGCAGCGGAGGAGGAAGGCCUGUCGUUGUUUUCAGGUGUCUCGGCAGCUGAAGCUGACGCUCCUUUUGCUUCUCCUGUCAACGCAGCAGAGAUUUGGCCCCCCCUCACCAGUAGGGAAUUCAGCAGCAGCAGCAGCAGCAGCAGCAGCAGCAGCAGCAGCAACAGCAGCAAGCCGAGCUCGAGACGGAGCAGCAGCGGCAGCAGUCAAGAAAGCGGGACGGAAAGGCGAGAAAGAGAAAGGCGCAGCAGCAGCAGCAGCACGGAGGCAGCAGCAGCGAGAAGCGGAGGAUUUAGUUCAGCGCAUCCGCAGCAAUUUGCUUCCCCAGUGAGGCCUGCAGCAGCAGCAGCUGCUGCUGCUCCUGGAAAUCCAGCAGCAGCAGCAACAGCAGCUAGAGUGGGCUCGUGGUCCGCCCCUAACAGCACCGCCAGCAGCAGCAACAGCAGCACAAGCAGCAGCAGCAGCAAGAGCAAGCGCAGCAACAGCAGCGACAGCAGAGGCGGGGAUGAGUCAGACAGCAGCAGCAGCUUAAAGGACGAGGCAGCAGCAGCAGCAGCAGCAACAGCAGCAGCAGCAGCAGCUAGCCCGUUGGAGGCCCCUCGGGGCUUGCGGGAUUUGGGCCUUGACUUCCGACUGUUCUUACAGGAGCUAAUAAACGAAGACCAAAUGAAGCAGCAGCAGCAGCAGCAGCAGCAGCAGCAGCAGCAGGAAGAGCAGCAGCAGGAUGGGGAGGCUGCAGUAUCUUUUCGCGGUUUGCUGCUGCUGGCUGCCUUCACAACAACAGCAGAUUGUGCUGCUGCUUUCUUUCAGCUGCCUUCGCCUCUUAACUCCGUUUUCAAAUCUUUGAUUGAGUUUAUUCAAGACACAAACACGGUCUGGAACAACGAGGCGGCAAUCCGGCGCUUCUGCAGGACUUUGGCUGUGGGGGGACGGCUGUUCAGAGGCAGCAAGCUGCUUAUAUUCCACGGCAGCGCCGACACUGUAGUGCCUUGCUGGAUGGGCCAGAGGCUGUUUGCCCUUGCGGGGCAGAGCGGGGCCCUGCACCAGGCAACUCAGCAGCAGCAGCAGCAGCAGCAGCAGCAGAAGCAGCAGCAGCAGCAGCAGCAGCAGCAGCAGGAGAGCCAGCAGCAGCAGCGAGGUGCUUCGCGUCGCACGGGUGAAGGCACUUCAGGCGCCUUGGUGGUUCGGGACGCCGGAGGCGGUGCAGCAGCAACAGCAGCAGAAGCAGCAGCAGCAGCAGCUGCUGCUGCUGCUGCUGCUUCUAAGGAGCGAAACCAGUUGCCUGCAGCGGGCGAAUCGCCGACUGCUACAGAGGACCACGCAGCGGGUGCAGCAGCACCAGCAGCAGCAGCACCUGCUGCUGCUGCUGCUGCUGCUGCUGCUGCUGCUGCUGCUGAAGCUGGGGAACCCAGCCUGCCGCGAGCCCUGUCACCUUUUCCUUUUGAAGUUCGGCUUUCGCUGCCGGGCGAAGCAGCUCUUCCGCAGCAGCUUGGCAGCGAGUUGCUGCCGCUGGCGCUGCAUGCAGUGGCGGAAGAGCCUGCGCAGCAGCAGCAGCAGCAGGAACAGCAGGCAGCAGCAGCAGCAGAGGGCCCCACGCUGCAGCUGGAGCUGGACCCCUUCGCAGCAGCAGAGGCCCCGGGGGGCCCCACAGCGCUGCAGCAAACGCCGCAGCCGCUUUACAGCUGCAGCAUCUCGAGGCGGCACUUUUCUGCUGCUCCUCCCCAGCCAGUGGCAGACUACAGCGACACAGAGGACUGCAGCAGCAGCAGCAGCAGCAGCAGCAGCAGCAGCGGCAGAGGGUCUGUGAGCAGCAGCGCAGCGCCGGUGGCCUCGAGUCCCAGGGGCUCUCUGACUUUGUCCGUGAGGUGUACAGACACCCCAAUCCCAAGCGAAGUGGAGGAGAAAGCAGCAGUGCCGUCACUUUUUUCAAAUUCCCCUUCCCCAGAGGCUCCUGCUGCUGCUGCUGACGAUGCUGCUGCAGAUGCUGCUGCUGCUGCUGCAGCUGCAGCUGCCGGUGCUGAACCCCACCACGGCCUCCCCACCUGUCCAGGGUGUCUGUACAGCCCACACUUGGAGGUUUGUCAUUUCUUUUGUCCGCUGCAGCAGCUGCAGCAGCAGCAGCAGCCAGCAGCAGCAGCAGCAGCAGCGAGCAGCAGCAGCAGCAGCAGCGCCUGCAUUAGAGCUAGUCCAGUUGUCGCAUUCCACACCGCUUUCUUCGAGCUCUGUGGCGCGGACCACCGGAGUGUCUGCGCAGCUGCGAAGUUCCAGCGGAAGAUUUUCCAGCGGAUGUUCAGCCCCGGGAUGGUGAAGGUGCUGCGUUAG